UUUACUGUUUUACUUUUAUUAAUUUCCUUAGUGGAGUUCUAUGGACGAGGUGAUGACGGCUGCCGAUGCGACCUCCGGCAGCGCCGCGACGUCGCCACCGGCAUGGAUCCCUGCCAACCUGGCUCUCAUCUCCGCCUUCCUCGCCUGCGCCGUCGCCCAGUUCCUCAAGCUCUUCACGUCCUGGUAUAAAGAUAGGAGAUGGGAUUCGAAACGAAUGCUGGAUUCCGGAGGAAUGCCGUCGUCGCAUUCGGCGACGGUGACGGCGCUGACGGUGGCCGUUGGGCUAGACCAGGGCACCGGAGGAGCGGCUUUUGCUCUUGCCCUGGUCUUAGCGUUAAUUGUAAUGUAUGAUGCCACAGGAGUGAGACUUCAUGCUGGUCGCCAAGCCGAAUUGCUGAACCAAAUUGUGUGUGAGCUUCCUCCGGAGCAUCCUUUGUCCGCUGUUAGACCCUUGCGUGAUUCGCUUGGACAUACUCCAGUACAGGUUGUUGCUGGUGCUAUUUUGGGAUGCAUAGUAGCAUAUCUAAUGAGGGCUGCUUAGGGGAUCUUUAAAAGAUAUUUGGACUGAUACUUAUUCUUUGAGCUCUAGUCUUAUGGGCUGUUAACUUGUUGUAGUUUUAAAUGGGCAAAGAAAGAGCUAAUGUAAGAUGUAUUCCUCAUUUAUCAAAAGCCUGUAUAUUUGUUUAGGGGCCUUCACCCAGAUACCGGAAACAUUUUAUUUUUUUCCCAAGAAUUGAAUUUUUCUUUUGUGAGGAUGGAUUUGAAAUUUGAACAGUGUUGUGUAUACAGAAAAUUCCUUUACCAAAUAAAAGACAUAGUUGUGAGUCCCUUGA